AUGAGCGAGAUGGCCUUCAGCAUCGAAAAUUACGAAUCGGAUGGAGACUUUGUGCCUGCCUAUCGCUGUGAGGGCAAGGUUAAUCUUACGCCCGUGCCCAGCUUUGCCGAUCUUGUCUCCUCGACGCAUGUGGAGAGGAACAAGGAGAUUUCCGGAAUGCCCAGCGCGAAGGCUACCUCCGCCUUCCCGCAGACUAGCUUCGGAAAUGUGCCGGAAAGGGCGAUCUCGCUGUCUGAGCGCGUGGCCAUCAAGGCUGGGCUCGACGAGGACCGUGUGGAGAUCAUCAAGAAGACCCCGUUCGAGCAAUUGCGCACCGAUUAUGAAUCGCUUGGCCUGAACAAGAAUGAGCUGCAGAAAAUCCGUUCCACGAUGCAGGAGGAAUUGCUGUCGAAAUGGCAGCCUGGUUCACUCGUCAACGGCCUUGGAGCCAGGGGCUCGUUCGGUGCUGCCGGCGAUGCCGGUCAGGAUGCUCAGCUGCUGAAAGUGUGCUACUUUCUGCAAAAUCUCGACGUCCAGCUGCUGACGAUGCGUCAGGAAGCUACGGAAAUCGCGAAGAUUAUUGCCGAGGCUCGCGAUGAGGGAAGCGCCCGACAGGAAGGCUAUGAUGACUUUGUGAACGCGCUGCGUGUCCGCCUGCUCGCCAACCAAGGCCAAAUUAGCAGCGAGAAGUUGAAGCUGUCCCUGCAGGGCAUCGUGCGCGAGAUCGAGACCUGCCAGUCGUUCUCGUACCGCCUCCGUCUCCACGCCAAGGCUUCGCUUAAAUACACCCUGAUCAUCGGCACCUCGCUGUCGGCCGGCUUCGUCCUUGGACGUCAUUUCCUGCUGAAGGCU